GAGUCGGCAAGCGUCAUAAACUCAUUCGCCAGUCGCCGGCGCGCACGCCUGGCGCACGUCACUGCGCGCUCCUCAAAAUAUAUAUCCAUGUUAUAUGUGACACACAAAACAACGAAACACCAUGGAUAAGGACCACGCUCUCGAGGAGAUGAUGGGGAAGCUGGGCGACUUCGGGCGGUAUCAGGGUUUCCAGUUCUUCCUCCACAUCCUCGCCGCCAUGACAGCCGGCCUCCACAUGCUGUCCCUGGUCACUGUUGCCGCAGUACCUGAACAUAGAUGUGCUGUUGACGGCCUCGACACCGGCAAUUUUACGGAACCAUGGAACUCCACGCUUCUGGAGAAGGCGAUACCUUUAAACGCCCACGGAAAACUAGAUUCUUGCAGCAUUUACGGGGAGAAUAAUACAGUCGAGACCUGCAACUCGUGGGUCUAUGACACCCAAUACUAUUCGUCCUCGCGAGGCAUAGAAUGGGACUUCGUUUGCAGCAGGCGAUGGAUGGGAGCCGCGGCCCAGACCGCGUACAUGAUCGGUGUCCUACUCGGCUCUAUAGUACUGGGAAGACUGUGCGACAAAUUCGGAAGAAAAACCGUGUUCGUUUGGGCGGGAGUCCUCCAACUGUUGUUCGGAGCUUCGGUCGCCUUUUCGACGGAUUACUACACGUUCAUUGCCCUCAGAUUCUUGUACGGUAUAUUCGGGUCCGGAUCGUACAUCGCCGGAUUCGUACUCACGAUGGAGUUGGUCGGACCCAGCAGACGAACGAUUUGCGGUGUCGCGUUCCAAGUCAUGUUCGCCCUGGGAAUCAUGCUGCUGGCCGCAUGGGGAUACUUGAUAGACAAUAGGUUCUAUUUGCAGAUCCUUUAUGCGUUGCACGCGGCUGUACUGCUUCCUCAUUGGUUUUUAAUGGACGAGUCUCCCCGGUGGCUUUGGUCCCAAGGCCGAGCGAGAGAAUCCGUCGCGAUAAUCGAGAAAGCUUUGAAAAUGAACAGAUCGAAUGAGAUCAUCGAUACGGCCACCCUGGUGUCGCAUUGCAAAGCUACUUGCGCCAAGUAUUCGGACGAUGAAAUGGCGAGUACCGGCGACCUCUUCAAAACUCCCAACCUGCUCAAGAAGACCCUAAUCAUUUGCGGCUGCUGGUUCGCUAACUCCGUCGUGUAUUAUGGGCUCUCACUGAACACGGGGAAACUAAACGGCAACCCUUACUUUAUUAUGUUUUUGAUGGGCAUCGUCGAGCUCCCUAGCUACGUAAUAAUUAUAUACUGUCUAGAUCGCAUCGGGCACAGAGCACUGAUAAGUACAAUGAUGUUGUUGGGAGGCGUGUCAUGUUUAGUCGUAGUGGCUCUACCGCACGGGUCUACUUCUGCUACCGGAGUCGUUAUGAUCGGAAAACUAUUUAUAUCGGGCUCGUACUCGAUAAUUUACAAGUACUCAGCUGAACUGUUCCCGACGGUAGUGCGUAGUUCUGGCGUGGGCUUAGGAAGUAUGUGCGCAAGCGUGUCGGGUGCCUUUACCCCUUUGAUAAGUCUGUUGGAUACCCUCGAUCCGAAGAUACCGACUAUUAUAUUCGGAUUUCUCGCCCUAUUCUCGGGUUUCUCCACGUUCCUGCUCCCUGAAACGAUCGGUCGUAACUUGCCGCAGUCUAUUGAAGACGGUGAAAAGUUUGGAAUCGGUGACACCUGCUUCACAAACUGUAGCGGGCGGCGAAUCAGCGACAGCUCGAUCGAGGUGCCCGAAACUAUGAUCCCUCUUGAUUUAAACGAGAAGAAAGCGUAGAAAACAGACCCACUCAACUACAUGAUAGUUCUAGUUACAACUGCAAAAUAUAAAGUAAGAAAAGGCGUACUUAAUUAUAGUAACAAAUGUCAUUAACUAUUGUUGCCUAUCUUCUGACCUGUUAGGUUUAUUGUUAACUUUACAAAGUCUUGCAAGAUCUUAAAUAUUAGAGAUACAAUACAAGUGAUUACAAGAUCUAAAGUAUUCGUUAGAUUUAGACCCAAAAAGCGUAGACUUUGUAAGCUUUGCACAAUAUGUUCAGGAGAGUCUAUGUUUGCUUUGUAUAUUUGUACGUUUGUGUGCUAAAUCAAAUAUUUUCUAGUUAAUAUUUUUUUAUGUUUGUGAAGCAGGAUCUAAAUCUUAGUAGUAGUUAGUGCAUUAAAUCUCAGGGGAACAAUGUUAUUGUCGACAAUGAAUGAGUGCCUGCAUUUAACAUUUUUAAUAUAUAAUUUAGAUUAUAUAAAUUAGCAUAAGGAGAAUGUCAAACUAUGCCAGUGAGUUCUAUCCAGUAAAUUACAUAGAUAUAGAUAUUUAAGUUCGUAAAGAUAAGUAUCAAUUUCCAUAUUUUUAGGUUUUUAUAUUACUUAUCUUCUUGUUU